UAUAAAUUAUAAAUAUAGUUAUUGAUAUAAACUAGAUUUUUUUAAUGAUCUGAUAGUAUUAAACGAGUAUGGCUUACUUUUUGGGCCAAAACGUUGUUAAUUAUGUGUGUGGGUGUGGAAUUUUAAAACCUAUCACCAAGAUAUACUUUUGUAGGCACUGUUUGAAAAUUAGGUGCGGAUUUUGUGUCUACCAUGAGGUGGAUUCCUAUUACUGUGUAAACUGUCUGGAGAAUAUUCCCUCCUCAGAAGCUCGUCUCCGAAAGCACAAAUGUGGAAACUGUUUCAACUGUCCUUGUUGCUUCCAUACGUUAGCCACGAGGGCUACAAAUGUUGCCCUGCCGGUGAAAGCUGACGAUGAACGAAAAGAUGCCAAACCCAUUACCAGGAAGAUGUACUAUUUUGCUUGCUUUUCUUGUCGGUGGACUUCUAGGGAUGUUGGGAUACCUGACCAAACCGUUGCUAGUGGAGCGUGGCCGGAUAGAGAAAAUGUGCACUCAAAUAGAAUCGUGGCUCUACAAGAAUAUUUCACAACGCUUGUGAUAAAAGAUAAAAUAGCAAAGCAAGAGAUGCUGAAGAAAAAGCACAACGCAAGAAGCAAAUUCACCACUUUAACAGAUAAAACCGGUUUAACAGCAGCUAUUAUUCGCAAGCAAGUCGGCCUACCUUCCGAUAUAUCCAUACCGAGCAGUGCUUUUCAUUCAAGUAAUAAACCAACAAUUGUUCCUGCUGUCGCUUCAGAAGACGUUGAUGAUCUUCCUGAUGAUAUAUUUACAACUCCACUGAAUUUGAUGGAAGUUACUACUGUAGAGCAAAGACUGUUUCAACCGGAUAAUCAAGCAGCAAGUGUCACCGGACUGUUUCCACAACAUAAACUAUUAUCAAUCAAACAGUCUUUAAGGUGUCGUCAAUGCGAGCAUAAUGUUAUCAAACCAGAGUACAAUCCGAGUUCUAUCAAGUUUAAAAUCAAUCUGUUGGCAUGUUAUCACGUACCAGAGUUGCGCCUGAUUUCAUGCGAAGUCCUAAAACCUGGACAAAGUUCUAAAAUUAUCCUGAAGUUGACGAAUCCAACUCAUAAUGAAAUGUUGAUCAGCUUUCUAUCUGUUGAUUUCGAAUGUCCGGAACCAGGAACCAAGAGUGACAAAAAAUCUGGAGCGGAAGAGAGUUCGUUAAUAUUGGGUCGUCAAUUGAGUGUUUCCAUCCCCGAAGAACCAAGGGAAUUCAAGAACAUAUCAAAUAGCACCAUUGAUUUGCCACAAGAGUCAAUUACUUUACCGGCACGAGAUGAUUCUGCAGAAUACGAUGAUGAUGCUGUUAUUGAACGUGGGGACGAUCCAGGAUUUAUAAUUUGGCGCAAACAUAACAAACUAAGUUUGAAGUUCUUCACGACUCCAAAUGCAGAUUUGAAAUCCGGGGAUGAAGUAAUCAUCGGCCUGACUCUGAAAUACACGUAUGUCAAUACAGUUUUUCCGGAAAAAAUGAAACAUGAACUUUUUGCAAAGGUAUUUGUUACUGCAGGAAAAAUACAAUAAUACAAAGAUAAUAAUAAUAU